CUGGUCUCGAGUCACGACAACAUGGCCGCUGUGUAUAUCCUUCCUCUAGCUGUCCUGUUCUUCCUUCUGCUUCUCUUUCGUUUAUCAUUCACGGUUCUUUUCCUGGUGCCCUCUGUCGACUGCUUAAAACACCGAGUCAUCAUAGAAAAAUGUGGGAAUAUAACAUUUUCACAGGAUGUAAAAAACGUGUUGGAUUUGAGUGGAACAAUACUCGAAAGCGGAAGUACUUUUCUCUACAUAUUGACCAUCCUUUUCUGGAGCCGAUUUUCAAGCUGUAAUUUUAUCAGUGCUUUGUAUCGUCUGCCAAUCUUCUGGUUCUGGUCAAUUAUGAUAGUUUUUACUUUCCUUUCUGUCGCGUCUCUUGAUUUCUCCAAGGACAAGAUCGUUACAGGCAUUGGAGUAAGUUUACUGCUCGAAAUAUCAACGUUGACCUUGUUUUGCUGUGCUCUCAAGUUUAUUGAGAAAAUUACAGUCAAACGACACCUUGAAAGACUACUUCGUUCAAAGCAUGAACUGGCUGUUUUCACUUAUUACCUGUAUAUGUCGACCCUGUGGUCGUAUUUWUUGCGGAAUCUGAGUCUAUUUACCUACGAUACAACGGUCCUGGUCGGUAAAAUUAAGCGRCCGGCCAAGUUCGACCACAUUGAUAAACUGCUUCUUUUCAUGAAUAUUGCAACGAGGGGAAGCUUUGUGGAGUUCUUUUAUUCUCUGAUAUUUAGAAAACCAAAGAUACCCGUCGUGUGCCAAAACGUAGAGAACGCUAGGGCAUAUGAUCAGUAUGGUCCAGUCGGAGUGACGGAUCCUUCUGGGAUUACGCAGCCGUUGAUGAGCUGGUUGUCGCCGAUGGAAGAAUCCAUGCGGGAGGCACAGAUCAGACAAUCAUGAUCUUCACACCGUUUUGUCUAGGAUAAAACGAUAGCCAUCGUAUCUGGUGGUGGUGGUGAUAUAAUCAUGGUGUCGCGGACUUAUGGUGGAUUCCGGAUUCCAAAACUUUUAUAUUGCGGAUUCCGGAUUCCAUAUUGUUAAUUUUCAGAUACUUUCUCUGAAAAUYAUAUUUGAUAUACUUGCCAGUAUAAGUAGAAUCGUCUAUCAAUUAAAUCCGCAUCCGAUGACAGAUAUUCUUGGUGGACAUAUUACACAGUGGAGGAGGGGCUACAUCGGUUCAGUCUAGGUCGAGGCGAUAGCAUUUGAGUGUAUACUUUGAAUUUCAAAGUAGUGGAUUCCGGAUUCCAAAAGGGUGGAUUCCGGAUUCCAUUAUAAACUGGAUUCCGGAUUCCAAUGCCUGGAUUCCGGAUUCCAAAGUGCUGGAUUCCGGAUUCCAA